AUGAAUACCGUACGAUCAGUAGGCUACGGGUGGGGCGUCCUCAUCGUCGCUGGAGGAGGAUCAUAUUACUUUGCAAAGCGCAGCAUCAACUCCGACCGAGAAGAGCGAGCACGAGCCGAGGAGGAACGAAGACAAAACGCAGAGCGACUCCGAGUACAAGAAGCCAUGACCCGCAACCGAGCAAUGGGCGACAAAGCGGCAGCGAAACGAGCGGCGACGGGAGACCAUCCAUCACCGAGCCGAGAGGCAGCGGGAGAUCCUGCGCCGGUGGAUCAUGUAGAGGAGCCUGUGAGAGGGAAAUACGAGGCGGCGGUACCGUUUCGGUCAAAGAAGGGCGAUCGAUUCAGUUGA